AUGGGCUUUGUUUAUACUUUUGGUAUCACAGCUGAGGUAAAAUGUUUUUCAAAGGUCCAAUUUCUGUAUAUCCAUGCUUCUGUCCAUUUAAUGGGUUUUCAGGCUGACAGUGACGGGGAGUUGUGCCCACAGGCUGAUAGCAUGGGCUCUUCAGGGAGUACCAGUACUCUGGCAUCUUCUGUCAUUGAAGUUGAAUCUGGCCGUGAUGAUCUGGCUUUAUGCCAGGAUGAGGACGACAUGACACCACUGCCUCCACCACCAACACUGUCCAUUACUGAGGAAAUCAUGCAGUUCAUUAACGAGAGCCGUGCUCGACAAGGCAUGGCAGAGUUAAUGACUGAAGUGAUGACUCCAGAGUCCCCGGAAGUCCAGCCUUUGGAGCCACAGCAGUUGGAUGAAUCCAAACCACUAAUAGCUGAGGUGGAUAAAAGUAAACAUCAGACCAAUGAUACCGAAAGAUCAGAGCCAGAAGAAACGCUGGUAGACAGGUCAGACAAAGAUGAGGACAACCAUCCAUCCUGUGAAGCAAAUAGUGCUUCACCAGAGGAGCUUGAGAAAGCAUCAUCACUAUUGCACACCUCCAAAGAAGUGAAUCAGUCAGGGGAGUUGACAUUACCAGAGUCCAGUCAUACUGAAUCAUCCAAACCGGAAAUGGUGACGACCACAAGUGAACAGGGGGAAAAAGACACUGAGGACUCGGUCAAAAAUGAAGAACCUCAUCUAUCUGAUAAUUUGGACAAAACCACUGAUGAAACAGCAUGUGAGGCUAAAUCAGCUUGCGCUCACAUUGCUACUACGGUAAAAGCAACCGACAGCUCUCUUGUCCUCAAAGUAGAACCUGAGCAAAAACUGACCAAAAGUGACAAGCAGAUUAUUGAGAAGAUACGCAGCUAUUACGAGGCAGCGGAGGCAGGUGUCGAGGAGGGUCAGACAGCCCGAAGAAACAGCUUUUCUCAUAUUCCUGCUGGAUUAGUGAAGGAUUCCGUGUCUCGAUUCAAUGUUUGCAUUCGGCAAGACAGUCUAGUCGAGUCUGAGAGUAGCCGUUUAGACUGUGUUGAAACUGACGCAGCCUCUUCAUUACUCCCAACGUCAGACCAAGUUGACCACAAUUUCAACCCUGGGGAAUCUGCAGAUACAGCCAUUCCUCUUGCACAUUCUGAUGUUAUACAAGAGCAAAAAGAAUUAUUAAACAGCAAGACUACAGAUAAAAAGGAUAAAGAUGUUUGUGAGUUCAACCCCUGUAUGGAACUCUGGAAGGAGAAGGAAAGAACUGGGCAAGGUUCUAAUAACAAUCUAAAAGUCCCUUUAUCAAAGGAAAAGAGCUGUGGUGAACAUACAGAUGUUUCUGAGAAAAACGACACAUCCCUAAAUUGCACAACAUCCCAGGUGCAACAUAAACAUGAACGUUCACAAUGCGAUCCAGACACAUCUAAUCUGCAGACAACAGAGACAGCGGAUACAUCUCUUCAGUGUGGAAGUAGAACAAAAGUUAGGAUGUCCUCUAAUGGAAACCUCGAUAGCCUUCCCAAUCAGAUUAAAGUUGGCCGAUGGUCUCGUCAAGGCAAGGUGGUAACGUGUAGUCGUACCCUUUACGAAGCAAUGGAAGAGGUACCGGAUUUAGGAUUUUUUGAGGGUGGACCAGUCAAUCAAUGCUUGGUAGAAAACUCAGAAAAGAUUCUUAAUAAAGUGCAAAUGCUGGCACGCAUGUAUACAGCAAAAGCAAGCAGCAUGAAGGUACCACUACACCAAAAGAAAACGCGAGUGAGUAGGGGAGCAUGGGCAGUGGAGGGAAAAGGGAGCACUUCACCCAAGUCUCGGGAAGUACAGCUGCACCAGGGGGAUAUAAGAAUACUAAAUCAGCCCACAGAAGAAUCUUCAGUAUCAACACCUACUGAGCCUUUUGGUCAUAUCAUUUUAAGGGAGAAGCUGUCUACAAAAUAUCACCAAGAAAAUGAUUGUAAUCUCAUUGGCCCCCCAGAUGAGAUCUCAACAAAUGCAUCUAAUUCAUUGUAUUUUUCAUCUGCUGAAUCCUCCGCUACUUCAAUUCAAACAUUAACAACUGUUAUGGAAUCUGUGAUAUCAGACCACAGAGAAAGCUCCUUAGAAAAAUGUGAGUCUAAAGUACAAGAGGAAGCCUUGUCACAUUCAACUUGCUUGGGAGUUGAGCCAGAAAUGUCACCCAACCUAGCCAGUGUUCCUUUGGACAAGCAUGAUAACGUUCAGGAGAACAAUUCAUAUGCUGUGGACAAAUCUAUUGCGAUAAAUAGUACUGAAGAAGGUCAGAUAUUGCAAGAAGAGAACACUGAUUUUGUGAGCAAUUCUUGCCCAAGCAGUGAACUUAUUAUUGACCCACUAAUCAUGAAACAUUUAGAAGAUGAGACUCACAGUGUAGAGGAGAAAAUGGACUUAACUGUACAGCACUGUGAAACCAUAUUGUCCAUAGAUGAAAUGCAUACAGGACAUUUGAAUUCCAACCAGGCCCGGGCUGAUGCUGAAACCACUAGCAUGGAGGAAAUAACACCAGUAGUGUCCACUGUUAGUGAACUAGGUGUAUGUCCCCCAGUACAGUCAGCUGCCUCCUUGAAAAACUGUGUUCUGAACACUGCAGUCAUCUUUGAAGGAUCAGAGCAUUUAUACCCUGUAGUCCAGUUGCAGGAGGAUAGAACUUGCUCUACACAACUGAUGCCUCUGCUUGGUUCAUGCGGCAAGAGUAGUUCACUGGAUGUUAAAUCUAAAGAAGACCUGAGCAAUAAUUCAAAGACUCUAAGCCCACCCUCUACACCCCCUGUAGGUGGACCUCCUUUGGAUGAGCUUCCAAGGUUUACUAGCCAAAGACCUUCCAAUCUACCCUCCACCACAGGAAAGAGAAGUCCAUUCACUAAUUGGAAUCCAUCAUCUCCAGUUGCUCAAAGAGCGCCACAUACUUCAUUGUGGACCGAGGAACAGAUUCAGGAUACUUCGGCUUCUGGCCUUUCUCCUCACAAACAAUCUUUCUCUCAGGCUCUUAAUGAUAAGCCUUCAAAUGUUCUUUUUGGCUGUGGACGUCCAUUGGAUGCAAAACCACCAUCUGCCUUCAGCCCAAACCUGCGAAUGCGAUCACCCUCUCCAGUUAGAGGUGCCCAGAAUCCCAGAUUGUCCUCACCGGCCUCAGCUCUUUCAAAGUCUCUUGCUGCCUCUUGUAUCAGUCAGACAAUUUCUCAAACUAUGGCCAAGAGAGGUGCAAAUCUUCAGACUGCUUCCCCACCUCUGCCCACAUCUUCUGUAAGGCUAAGGUCACCCUCACCUAAACCUAUCACCUUGGACUCAAGUGCGGAGUCAGGCUUAAGGAGUACAUCCAGCACUGGAGUAGGGAGUCAACCCCUAAGGUCUUGUCCAUCCCCGUUCAGAUCGAACAGUCUUCGAUCCAGUCCAGCAACAGUUCAGUCCCCUCCUCCUUACCGUAGUCAACGGUCAGUGUCCCCUGCACCUCCAGUUAGCCUCCAUUCAGCUCCAUCUGUUAACAGCCUAAACUCUGCCACCCUUGAACAGCCUUCUUACACCAGUUUAAAUGGUAAUAAUAACAAUAACAACAGUUUAAGUAAUAACGGGUGGGCCACUAACCACAAAAAAGCACCACAAUCAAAUGCAGGUGGACUCACUCAUUUCCAUGAUCCUCAAAGAACAACCUUGCACAAUAGGGUGGCCCGUCCCUUUCCGUCCUCUGAGCCUAGCUCUCGUGUACAGUCCCCUUCUAUUUGCCCAUCUCCAGUUACCCGAAUCUGCUCCCCUCCACCUGCUCCGAACCACUCCAGUCAUCUGGUAACAAAGCCACCAAAUCCCAGAGCCCCCAGACAAGGUGGCUUCUUUACACCUCUAUCUUUGGAGAUCUCAAGAUCAACAUCAGCUUGUUCAUUAUCUCCCUGUGAGAGCCCCAGAAUCACCUCUCCACCCCCUAUUGGCAUUCCUGCAAGUGUAUGGGGCUUUGCUAAUCCGCAGCCAAGGAAUCCCUCAUUGACAAAUGCAUCUUCUCCAACAAAAGUGGAAACAAACUCUACACAAAGAGGCCCCAGAAUCAUCUCUCCUACACCAGUGGGAAUGUCUUCAUGUUCAGCAACCAACUCUCAGAGCCAGAGGAGGCUACGAGGAACCAGUUUGCCCUUUGUUGCUCUAGGGGAUAGGCCACCCAGUCCAACUAGAUACGAACGCAGGUCUUGGGCAGAAAGUGGACGAUGGUCAGUGGGUUCAGAAUUGGGGUUAAUAAGUCCUCGUGGGGGUUCAUACAGUGGCAGCCCAUCUUCUAUCAGCCCUGGCCCUCUUUCACCUGUCAGACUAGCAACGACUAGUCACAGUGGGAAACAUUUCACAAGCAUUGCCUGGCCGGAUGUACAUGAUAUGCUGAUAAAAUACAACACAGAACCCAAUACUGAAACUGAGACAGAGCAAGAUGACAUAGAGGUUGCGGAAUCUACUUGUCGGAGCACUUUGAUCUGUCCCUAUGUCGCUCCAGCUAACCCAAAUCUGAGAGAGAGUCCCAUUCAGUGCCUAACCGAGGGCAAAACAGAAGACAGUGUUCCUAAUCAAGGGUCCAAAACGACAUUAAAAACCAGUUAUGCCACCACCGUCAACUUGCAGAUUGCUGGGAGUGGCAGGAUAGCAUCCUUUAGCAAUGCACAAGUCAGCCUGACACAGACACUGUCCCCUGUGGCAGACAGCCAGAGCAGGAGACGGGUUAGCAUCAAUAGCUGCAACUUCUCACUGCAGAACUGCAAAAGACUUUGAGUGGUGAGCUCCUGAGGUCUAGCAUGGUGCCUCGUUCUUCAAAGACACUUUAUCUGGCACUUUAGCAUGUAGCGGAGGAGUCAGCUUAGAGAUCCAAGUCCACUCCACUCAGACGGGAAAAAAAAAAUCAUGGACUAUACUAUACGGGUGUCAGCCAGUUGAUCCUAUGGUCAGUGUUUUUUAUUUGUUUUAUUUUUUAACCCUCAACCCUACUUCCUGGCCAAGAUACCAGUAAAACAUCAAUAAAAAGACUGCUUUGCUAUAUUUGGCAGUGUUUAUUUUAUUGCUUUUAAGACUCCGUAAUAUGCAAAUUUAUUAUAUGUAAUUGAACUAAAGCCUCUGUCACUAAAGGCUUUCAGUUGGCUGUGAUAUAUAAAGAACUUAUUUAUGAAGUAGUUGUUUUCUGGCACUUAACUCGUUUAUUUGUUUUGCACAUUUUUCUUGAAUGUGGUCCAGACGUGUCUGGAAAAUAGCGUGUUUCAGACAAAACAUUCUUGUGUAUGUUAAAAUACAUUUUUAUUGCCAGUGUUCUACACAAAUUUGGUUAAUAGCAAGGGACCAUGAAUCGCUGCUUUGAUUGUUCUUAAUACAAACAUCAACACAUCUGAUCUGAUAUUUUGCUUUGAAAAAAAUUAUUGCUGUACACAAUGAAAAGCAUUCCAAGUAUUCUUUUGUGGACUAAAACAAGGUAAUGCUGAUGGACUCUUGAUUUUGUUUUAAUUUUUAGUGUAUUUUUAAUGUAAUACAUUGUUGAUUCUUAAAGGAGACUGUCACAAUCAUUGACUGCUCAAGCCAAUUAAAAGUAUUUCUAAGAUUUGCUAACCAAAGGACUUUAUGUUCCACACCCUGCCUGACAGAAAUAGUGCAAAGAAAACAAAUGUUCAUACCUGCUCUUUGAACUUACUGUCAAAAAAUGUCAUGAUUGUCACACUGUAUGGAAAAUGUGGUUUGUACCUAAAUAAAACCUGCAUAGUUUAAUUCUGA